AUGGUGCACACACCCCGCCGCCCCUAUCUGCAUGAAAGCCGGCCUCACCGUUUGUACGCGUCUGCACCUCGUUUCCACUUUGUUUCGACCUCAUUCCUCAUCUUCUCCCACACAUGGACGACAAUCUACGUAACCACGUACUUGUCUGACGACGCACCUUUGCGAGAUACUCUGUUUCUUGUUGUCUGCGAAGUGGACAAUCUAUCCGUCACAGGUGAUAGCACGACCACCCAUCCGGUGUCCACGCUACACAUACGCCCGCACAGACUUCUACGUACCGACACGCUUUUUUUUCAGCACUCGGUCUCAAUGUGGAAAACGGUUUGUCGCAGCAAAGGUGCCGCAUCUGCAAUGCUUUCAGUCCGUUGUCGCCCAGCAAUGUGUUGCCGUGCCCUCUUGGGCACCCGGUCAUCCUUCCUCUCUGGCGUCGUGUCGACGACCGGCCCUGUGCUGGUGAUGUCGGGGCGUCGCUGGUGCGCGACAACGCCGCCACACGGCACCGGCUCAUCUGGUUCACAGUCCAUAGAUGAGGAGGCUGUCGUUCGCGCCGCCAAGUGGAGCUCGUCGAAUUUCGAGGAACGACUGGGCUUUCGUACCGGUGAGACUAUCACUGAGGAGCGUCUGAAGCGCCACUACCGCAUUCUUGCGAAGCACUACCACCCGGACACGGCUGCGGGAAGCGGCCGCGGCAGCGGUGUACGGUACGAGGGGGAGACAAGCGCUGGGAAGGAUGUUGCCUUCCAGAACAUAAAAGAGGCGUACGAUGUGGUCAACGCGGCGGUGAAGCGAGGUGGUCGGCGGGGCGGCAAUGCCUCCCGCGGCUCCGCCACGGCGGAUUUCGCUGGAGGCUUCGAGUUCUCUGACGAAGCGCGGCGUCGCUCUCAGAUGCGACUCCUUGGCGACGCGGUCCUGCUUUUUAUCUUCAUGACAGUGGCCUUUAUUGUAGUUGUGAGCAGCCACAACAAGUCACGCAUGCAAUCUCGUUAUCUUUGGCACCUGGUCGGGAUCUUCUUUAUAAUUCAGCUCUUCCCACGGCUGUUUGCGGCGGCCAUCCUCUUCGCUGUGCAUUCGAUGCAUCUGCUCGAGAAAGCAACGCUGCAGGAGCAAGCGGCUAUCUCGCUCAUCGUGGAGCGGACUGAGAGGAUAUGCUCUGUGCAGCUGGAGGGUCUGAGGACCGAGGCGCAGCCGAACGUUGUAGUCCAAGUGACAACAACAGCAGACGCCAACAACGACGCUGCAGAGAGGGUGUCCUCGACACUCACCUUCGACAAGGGCGUCACAGCAUUUACGCUACCUCUGCCAGUCGAUUCGAGCUGUGUCUACCACGUCAAAGCAGUGGAUGAGGCACGCAAGAUAGUGCUGGUGGAUCGGUCACUCUCGGCGAGGAUGCCGGCAACCGUCUAG